UGCGCUCUCGUCCGGGCUUCAGUCAGCUGGGUGGCCAGCAGGCGAGCGGUGCUGUCGAGGCGAGCUCCCGCGACCGGACAAGAUGCUGAAGCCGAUACUAGCAGCUUUCGACUUCAACAACACCAUCGUGAACGGUGACAGUCUGCAGACCAUCGUGGAGUUGGGCGCGAGCCGUAGCCUGCCGGACGUCAAGUCCAACUACACCUUCACGAUGGACGCCGUGUCCUUCACCCAGACCAUGAUCCGGGGCCUGCAGGAGUCCAAGGGCAUCACCGCCGAGCACAUCCGCCAGGCCCUUCGGAAGCUGCCUCUGACGUCGGGACUGGACGCGGUCCUCCGGCUGCUCAAGUCGCGCGACUGCGAGGUCAUCAUCAUCUCCGACCUCAUGACGGUCGCCAUCGACGACUGGCUGUCCGGGUCCGAGGUGUCCUCGCUCGUGGACAGGGUGUACGCCAACCCGGCGCACUACGACGCCGAUGGAUACAUCGUCAUCGAGCCCUACCACCGGCAGGACUGGUGCGACAAGAGCUACAGGCACAUCUGCAAAGGACACGUGCUCGAGGAGCACGUCAGGAGCAGGAUGGCUGAUGGCGUGUCCUUCGACAGGCUGGCCUUCUUCGGGGACGGCAGCAACGACCUGUGCCCUGUCCUCAGGCUGGGUGAUAAGGAUCUGGCCUUCCCGAGGGAAGGGUACAAGUUGAUGAAACUGCUGGACUCCAACCCUCCAGAUCAAGUUAAAGCUGCCAUCCACCCGUGGUCCAGUGGGGAAGACAUUAUUGGCAUUUUCAAAUCUCAUCUGACGUCGAGUGAAGGAUAAUUUUUUAGUUAAUUACUACUGAGAAUACUACACCUAUUUCAUCAUACUAUGUCAUUGGUCGAAGACAUGUACGAUUCAGUAUUUAAACCUAUAUUGUUAUGUUUAUUCUUAUUAUCACACUAUAAUAAUGUCUUACCACUGUUAUUUCCUUCGAAGAGUAUUUCUAGUGUCGGUUCUUUAUAUUAUUGUACGUUCCCUUCCAUUGUGAUGUGGAGUAUACAAUUAGUGAUGUAAAUUAGGGGAAUAUGGUACACCUAUGGAAAAAUAUCCAGCAAUUAAUUUUAAAAAUAUCAUUUUCUCUGUAACUGCUCCAGUACACUCUAUACAAUAUUACAAUUCAGUUAUAUAAAACUAGAACACAUUUCACCAUAAGUACUGUUGGAUGUAAAAUAACUGUAUCCAUUACAUUCCGUCAUUUACCCAAAGCUUUGGUUAAAAUGACACAUUCGUUCGGGUUAUAUGAUCCACAGCAGAAAAUUUGGAGGAUUGAAAGAAAAACUUUUGCUAAAAAAUGUCUUAUACUUUUUAAUCAAAGUGGCAGACAAUAAAAAAUAUUUACUGAAAAAAAUAACUUAAAUGACCUAGCAUGGUUUUUGAAAGCCCAUAAAUAUUUCAAAGUGCACAUAUAAAAUAUAUAUAGUUAUUUUGUUGUAUAAAUUUGAGUCAUGAAAUCUCAUGUUAUUGUAAAUAUGUUUAAAUUCUUAAAAUAAAAAUUUACUUCGGGAUUAAGUAGAAUUUUUGAAUAAGGUUUUGCAAUGUUGUAGAACUAAUAUAUCAUUAAAGGACAAUUGUGAAUCGCCUGACCAAAACUAUCAUUAACAUUCUGAUGCAAAACAUUUUAAUUUAAAUAGUAAGCUACGAUACUUGCAUCUUUAUUUAAUCUUACAGCGAAAUAAAGUUGUUUUGUCAUUUCUGCA